AUGGCCACGUCGGUGACCACGCCGGUCACGCCGGCAGCGACGCCUGCCGCCAUGACGUACCCUGGCCUCAACGAUGACCUGCGCUUCCAGCAGCACUGGAGUGUGGCCAUGUGGCGCGAUUUCAAGGCUUCGGACCUGUUCCCGGAGGGAGGGAACAGCUCCUUGACGGGCAGGCUCGGGGAGGCAGCACGCUCGCUGCGAGAGGGCGUCACUGCUACUGGCGCCUUGAAGAACAUUGAUCAUGCACGGUACUGGGCGUACCAUGUGUCGAGGACCUCCUUCUUCCUCCUCCAGGCGAUUGUGGGCCUGUUCAUUGCCCAGUCAGGCGGGUCGGCAGGGAGUGCGUCGGCCACUCCCACCAAGCUGGAGACGAUUGUGACGGGCGCCCGUGGUCCUCUUGCCGAGGUGCUGCUCAUGUACUAUCAGGACCUGCAGAACAUCAAAGAAGGAAAGUAUGGCUUCCCCUGGGACAUGGAGACGGUGCGUCACAGGCAGUUCAACCCCCUGUUCGUGCUGCAGCGGGCAGCAGCCUUCAUGGGCGAGGCCCGUCUGACCAUGCAGCGCAAGAAUGCCCAGCAGCCAGACUCAGUGUGGCUCAAGAGCGGCCUCCUUCCCCAAUACUACCAGAACACCUUCCACUAUCAGACCGACGGCUGGCUGAGUGCCGACUCGGCCAAGAUCUAUGAGACCUCCACCGAGACGCUCUUCCUGGGCCGCCAAGACGCUAUGCAGCGCUGCACCCUGGUCCCGCUGCAUGACUACCUGCAGGGCCGGGACCCUGCCCAGCUGAGGGCGCUGGAGGUGGCGGCAGGUACGGGACGCUUUGCUACCUACGUCAAGGACAACUGGCCCACUCUGCCCCUGACGGUGUCAGACCUCUCGCCCUACUACCUGGCGGAGGCGCGCUCCAACGCCAAGCACUGGCACCAGCUGAGGGCGGGGGGGGCCUGGCUGGGCGGCGCUGAGGGCACCGGCUGCGACUUUCUGCAGACCCCGGCUGAGAAGAUCGAUGCUCCAGACGCCAGCUUCGACAUCGUCUACAGCAUCUACCUCUUCCACGAGCUGCCCCCCGCCAUCCUGCGGGCCGCUGUACGUGAGAUGGCACGUGUCGUGAAGCCCGGCGGCCUUGUGGUCUUGACAGACUCCCAGCAGCUGGGGGAUAGGAGUGUCUUCAACUCUGAGAUGCACAAGUUUGGAGACUUCAACGAGCCAUACUACAGGGCCUACAUCCAGACAGACCUGGGCCAGCUUUUUGAGGAGGCAGGCCUCACCUGCGACACCAAGGUCCAGGGCUCCUCCACAAAGACCCUGUCUUUCCGCAAACCCACCGUGCCUGCGACAGAGGGGAGAGCCAUUCUGGAGCGCUCCUUCUCCAUGGACUCCAUGGACGAGGAGUGA